GCGGUGUCUCCUAGGACCCGGGUUGAGGGGUGAAAAUAGGUAUACCUAGAAGCAGUUUUUUUUUUUUUUUUAGAAGCAGAUUUUAAAAGCAGUUUCUCUUCAAAUCAUCUUUCAUACCACCUGAUAAGCAUCUUGAUUCACCAUGGCAUUGGCAGCAGUAAAAUGGGCGAUAUCAAGCAGAACUAUCUUGAAACAUUUAUUUCCAAUUCAAAAUGGAGCCUUAUAUUGUGUUUGUCAUAAAACUACGUAUUCUUCUCUUCCAGAUGACUAUAAUUGCAAAGUAGAGCUUGCUUUGACAUCUGAUGGCAGGACAAUAGUAUGCUAUCACCCUUCUGUGGACAUUCCAUAUGAACACACAAAACCUAUCCCUCGGCCAGAUCCUGUGCAGAAUAAUGAAGAAACACAUGAUCUAGUGCUGAAAACCAGAUUAGAAGAAAAAGGUGAACACUUAGAGCAAGGACCCAUGAUAGAACAACUUAGCAAAAUGUUCUUUACUACUAAGCACCGUUGGUAUCCUCGUGGACAGUAUCAUAGACGUCGUAGGAAACUGAAUCCUCCAAAAGACAGAUGAUAUUGAGGUUUUCAGGAAUCAAAGAGAAAUGUUAUUCUGCGUCUCAUUUGCCAUUUGAGAAAAUACAAUUGGGUAUAUUCACUAAUAUGUUAUAUAGUAAAAUAAUAAAAUGUCUUCUCAUAUA